AUCGAUUUUUAACGUAAAUUCUUGGCCGGGCGGCUUGACUGGUUCAUCGAUUUUGCUGGUGGAAUCGGUUUUGAGCGCUCAAACCGCUCAAACAGUUUAUAUAGCCUCCCCAAACUGUUUUACCUCCCAGGUUUUAAGUUCUGAAUCACAAGCAUAAUAAUCACAAAAGCAUGAGACUAUCAUCAGCUGAGGAUCGAGUAGGCACUCUUAGUGCUGGUGGUAACCGGGAUGCUGAAUUACUCUUUCGUACAAAGCCAAUAUCUGAAAUCAGAAAUGUUGAGUCCACCACCAACAAACACAUUCAGGACAAGAAGGAGGAGCUCCGCCAACUGGUGGGCACACGCUACAGAGACCUAAUUGAUUCUGCAGACUCAAUUCUGCAAAUGAAGUCAGCAUGUGAAUCCAUCUCUUCCAACAUUUCCUCCAUCCACCAGCACAUCCGCUCCCUCUCUGCAUCCCCUAUAUCUGAAGCCCCCAAACUCCAAAGUUCAGACCCUACACGCCUCCACACUUAUGGGAUUGCCUGUCGUGUCAAAUACCUAGUUGACACUCCGGAGAACAUAUGGGGUUGCUUAGAUGAGUUCAUGUUCUUGGAAGCAGCUGCUAGGUACAUCCGAGCAAAGCAUGUUCAUUCAAGAUUGAUGCACGUGAAUGGUGAUUUUGAUCAGCAUAAAAUACUGUCCAAUUUCCCUUUGCUUCAGCACCAAUGGCAGAUUGUUGAGAGCUUCAAGGCUCAGAUUUCCCAGAGAAGUCGUGAGAGGUUGCUGGAUCGAGGCCUGGGAAUUGGGGCCUACGCAGAUGCCUUGGCUGCAGUGUCUGUUAUUGAUGAGCUGGAGCCAAAACAGGUGCUGGGGUUAUUUCUUGACACCAAAAAGUCCUGGAUAGUGCAGAGAUUGAGUUCCUUUUCUGGUAAUGCUACUUCUUCUGCAGUGGUUUUGGUAUUUUGUGAUGUUUUGAGCAUUAUAGAAGUUUGUGUAGGACAAGUAGGAGAGUUAUUUUUGCAAGUCUUGAAUGAUAUGCCUCUCUUUUAUAAGGUUAUUUUGGGUUCCCCACCUGCCUCUCAAUUGUUUGGUGGAAUCCCUAAUCCUGAUGAGGAGGUUAGGUUGUGGAAAUCAUUUAGGGAUAAAUUAGAGUCCAUGAUGGUUAUGCUUGAUAAAGAGUACAUUGCUAAGACUUGUUUGAGUUGGUUGAGGGAUUGUGGAAGACAGAUAGUCAAUAAGAUUAAUGGAGGAUAUCUGUUUGAUGCCAUUGGUAGUGGCCAAGAGCUUGGAUCUGCUGAAAAGUUGAUACGGGAGACAAUGGACAGUAAGGAGGUGUUGGAAGGGAGUUUGGAGUGGCUCAGGAGUGUUUUUGGCUCUGAGAUUGAGUUGCCUUGGAGUAGGAUCAGAGAGCUUGUCCUAGAAGAUAAUUCAGAUCUUUGGGAUGAGAUCUUUGAAGACGCUUUCCUUAGGCGAAUGAAAAUUAUUAUUGAUUCAGGCUUUGAAGAUUUGACUAGAGCUGUGAAUAUUUCAGGCUCGAUUUCUUCCAUUGGGGUGACUUCUGGUGAAAAGGUGGAUUUCCAGGCAUAUCUAAAUAGGCCUUCUACUGGUGGUGGGGUUUGGUUUAUAGAGGCUAAUAAUAUUAAGAAGCCUGGCCCAAUUUUGGGACAUAAAGCAUUACUUGAGGAAAAUGAUCUUCAAAGUUGUCUUAAUGCUUAUUUUGGUGCUGAGGUCAGUCGAAUUAGAGAUGCAGUGGACAAUUGCUGUCAAAGGAUUCUUGAGGACUUGUUGAGUUUCUUAGAGUCUCCCAAGGCUUCUCUAAGACUGAAGCAGUUGGCUCCAUAUUUGCAGAAUAAAUGUUAUGAAAGCAUGUCAACCAUAUUGUCAGAGCUCAAAACUGAGCUUGACAAUUUGUUUGCAGCCAUGGAAAAUUACAGCAAGGAAGGUCAGCCUGUGUCUCCAGCUACAAUUGUUGAGAGAUCACUUUUUGUUGGGCGACUAUUAUUUGCAUUUCAGAACCAUUCAAAGCACAUUCCAGUAAUACUUGGUUCUCCAAGGUUCUGGGCAAAAGACACCCUUGCUGCAGCUUUUGACAGGCUGCCUUCCCUAUUGAGGAGAGCUUCCAUUGAUUCCCCUGUCUCUGAGGGCAUUGGAAGGCAAACACCAUCUAGCUCUAGAAGGCAAACUUCAGCUGCUACUGCUGCUUUGCUUGGAUCAAAUGAAAGUGCAAGCCCAAAACUUGAUGAACUUAAUAGAUUAACACGAGAUCUAUGUAUUAAAGCUCACAGCCUGUGGAUAUCAUGGUUAUCAGAGGAGCUUUCAGUUAUUCUUUCCAUUGAACUUGGACAAGAUGAUGGAUUGUCUGCAACAACUGCCUUGAGGGGCUGGGAAGAGACAGUUCUCAAGCAAGAACAGUCUGAUGAAAGCCCAUCAGAAAUGAAAAUAUCACUCCCAUCCAUGCCUUCUCUCUAUGUGAUCUCUUUCCUAUGUCGUGCAUGUGAAGAAAUUCAUAGAAUUGGAGGCCAUGUACUGGACAAAUCAAUUGUGCAGAAAUUUGCAUUAAGCCUUUUGGAAAAGGUUGUUGGUAUUUAUGGUGACUUCCUUUCUACCAGAGAGACCCAUCAAUCUCCAGUGUCAGAGAAAGGAGUUUUACAGAUUCUAUUAGACAUAAGAUUUGUUGCUGAUGUUCUUUCUGGUGGUGAUUCCAAAUCCAAUAUGAAUGAGGAGUUAUCUCGAACACCAAAGACCAAAUCAUCUUUCAGAAGAAAGCAGGAGCAGGUGCAGAUAAAGUCAGCGGUUAGGGAACGCAUUGCUGGUUUAAUUAAUCAUCUUUCACAAAAGUUGGAUCCAAUAGAUUGGCUUACAUAUGAGCCAUAUCUUUGGGAAAAUGAGAGACAGUCAUACCUGAGGCAUGCCGUCCUCUUUGGGUUCUUUGUUCAACUUAAUCGGAUGUACACAGAUACCAUGCAGAAACUACCUACAAAUUCAGAGUCAAACAUUAUGAGAUGUUCUGUGGUUCCUCGGUUCAAAUAUCUUCCAAUCAGUGCUCCAGCACUGUCUUCUAGGGGGACAGCUAGGUCAUCCAUUCCAGCUGCCUCAGAUAAUAUUAUUUCAAGAGGUUCCUGGAGAUCUUAUCCAAAUGGAGAACUUUCACAAAAAGUUGAUAUGGAUGACAAUUCAAGUCUUGGGGUAGCAGCACCAUUUUUGAAGUCCUUCAUGCAGGUUGGGAGCAGAUUUGGAGAGAGCACUCUGAAACUGGGAUCUAUAUUAACAGAUGGACAAGUGGGCAUAUUCAAGGAUAGAUCAGCAGCUGCUAUGUCAACAUUUGGUGACAUUUUACCUGUGCAAGCUGCUGGUCUUCUUUCGUCAUUUACAGCUACCAGAUCAGAUUCUUGAUUCCCGACCAGUCAUUGUCCAGUUAAAAUAUAUGGCUAAUUUGAGUGAAGAGGAAUGAAUACCCGAAAUUUGCAGAACAUGUAGAACCAACAAUGGUGGGAUGGAGUAUGAUUCACUGUCUAACACCACAUGGCAAGGGCAUAUACGUAUAUAACUGUUCAAGAGAAGAAACAAGAUAUGGUGGUUGUAAGUGUUGAACAAAAUUGCCAGUAGCCAAUAACCAUAGAGGGCAAGAGAAAUGGAGUCUGAAUUGACCUCAGUGGAAUCAAGGCAGUAAAUUUUCUCAGCCUGAACUCCUUAGAAGAUGAAAUAAUGGUUGCAGUUUUUACUGGUUUAUAUAUUUGGUGCAUUACUGUGAAUAUGGAGACCACUCUGCCUUUUGCAAGACAUAUCUUGGAAAGGAGGUAAGAUGAUGUUUUGUAAUCAUGUGGAUACGGGAGAAGAUUCUCCAGUGUCUUGGCAUGAAUGGCAUACAACUUUUCAAUGAUACUGGAGUCUUCAGCCUCCAUGAAAAGCCUUAGGUAAUGUUUUAUUGAUUUUUUUUGAAAAAUUUUUUGUUACAGUAUCUGUCUAAUGUUUUCUCUAUGUUACUUUGUUUCCUUUUCCCUGUUAAUUGGUAUUCAACGGAUGAUUUAAAGCAAAGGGAAUUCAAUGUAGAAGGCAAAAUUGAUAGUUGUAUCCAUUUUUACAAAAAGUGAGUAGAGUCAAUUUGU